AUGACUCUUAGCCUUGCGAAUCCCGAGUCCAGGGCUCUAGGCUCAGAAUUGCCCCUUUUGAGAAAUGGACCCCCUUUCAGGGUCAUAAUUGUCGGGGGAUCAAUUGCCGGCCUUACUCUCGCACACUGCUUGCACAAGGCAGAUAUCUCCCGCAUUGUCCUCGAAAAGCGACCUGCAAUUGCUCCCCAGGAGGGAGCAUCUGUUGCAGUCCUGCCAAACGGGGCGCGAAUCCUGGAACAACUGGGGUCCUACGACGCGGUCGAGAAGCUGGUCAAGCCAAAGCACGUCUUGAAUGUGUAUUUCCCAGAUGGAUUCCAACUCAGCGAUCCGUAUCCCAAGACCAUGAUUGAGACCGUAGGUUGCCAACCUCGCCUUGCCUUCUUCGGGUGCCCAAUGGCGUGUCUGGACCGCCAACAAUUACUCCAAGUUCUGUAUCAGUCCUUUCCCAAGAGAUCGGACAUCUAUGUGGGCAAAAAUGCCAUACGGGUUGACCAACAAGAUAGCCGCGUGCUGGUGCACACUGCAGAUGGAAGCACCUACGAGGGUGACCUGGUCGUCGGUGCUGGCGGGGUCCACAGCCGUGUUCGGACUCAGAUGUGGCGGGCAGUGACAGUGCGACGGCCUGGUCUGUUCAGUGAUAGCGAGAUAAAAGGGAUGAGUAUCGAGUAUGCCUGUAUUUUCGGCGCCUCGGCUACGGUCUCAGGAUUGAACGAGCGACACAUGCAUUCCAGGCGCGCGCGGUUCUCUGUCAAAGACGCCGCAGCCUGGGGCGAGCGAUUGACGGACAAAUACAUAUGGAAGGACAUUAAAUUCAAGCAGGUGUGGCAGAACCGGGUGACUUUCUCCAUGACGGCACUGGAAGAAAAUAUAUUUCAAAACUGGAGUUGCGGCCGCAUUGUCUGUAUUGGUGAUAGCAUGCACAAGAUGACGCCGAAUCUCGGACAAGGGGCCAACUGUGCUAUUGAAGAUGCGGCCGCUUUGACCAACAGCAUACAUGAUGCCCUGAGGAGUAAACAUCCAGGACACAAGCUUUGUGAUGACAAGAUUGAGGGAGACCUCUCCGAUUUCAGCAACAUUCAGGUUAAACGAAUAUCCAAAAUCUACAACGCGUCGUGGAUCGCUGUGCGCUUGCAGACUGGAGCAAACCUGGCAUACAAGGUAGUGUUGCGUUAUUUGGUUCCAUAUGCUGGAGACAAACCCGCGAAGAGAGUGCUGGGCAUUCUGGGGGAAGCUAGAGUGUUGGACUUCAUUCCCUUACCCACCCGCUCAGGUCCAGGCUGGACACCGCGCAGGAAAGAUGAAAGAGCCUUUCCGAUAUGGGCUGGAGCUGCGUUUGCAAUUUUGUUACUGGUAUCAGUGUCGUCAGUCAACCUGAAAUCUGUUGGAUAUUACAUAUACUGGAUGUCGGUUCUCGGCGGCUCCCUCAUGGACAAAACCCGAUGA